ACAUCUAAAUCAGCUGAAAGUCGAGAUUUGAGAAAUGCCAAAUUUACUUUUGCAAGUUACGAGGCAAGCGAUUGUUGUCAUUAAUUUCGAUAAUAUUGGCCUAUAAAUAACUAAUCAAUAAAUACAAUUUAAUUAAAAGAUUUUAAAAGUUUUGGCUUCCCUGCGUAAUAAACUAAUUUCUGGCAGUUUCAACAGAAUAUGUUUAAAAAACACCUCUAUUCCACAUAAGUGAUCUAACAAAGGAGAGCAAAAGUUAUUGUUUAAAAUAAGUGAAAGUCAAGUUCAAAAUGUGUGGCGGGUUUACUUGUUCUAAAAAUGCUUUAAUAGCGUUGAAUAUACUUUAUGUGGUCGUAGCUUCCAUACUUAUAUCAGUAGCUGUGUAUGGGCAAGCUUCAUCCCUCACAACUUUGCCAAUAGUUGGAGGAAUAAUGGCUUGUGGCAUUUUACUGAUAUUGAUUUCAUUAUUGGGAUUAGCAGGAGCUGUAAAGCAUCAUCAAGUUAUGCUCUUCUUUUACAUGGUGAUUUUGUUCCUUCUGUUUUUAGUCCAAUUUUCAAUAGCUUGUGCCUGCCUUGGUGUUAAUUCUGACCAGCAAGAGAUGCUUGCACAACAGGGUUGGAACACAGUUGAUCUCGACACAAAGGCGCAGGUGCAAGAAAGGUUCCAGUGUUGCAGUUUCAAGAGCAGGACCAUUGCACCCAAUACAACUGUGGAUUAUCCUACUUGCGAUGUUGUUGAUAAAAUUUGCUGUGAUGGUUGGACUGUCACAGACGAAUGUAGAUGUCAACCUUGUAUGGAGAAAUUGAAGGAGACCAUUGAUUAUGCUUUCAAGCUCUGUGGUGGAAUAGGAUUGUUCUUCAGUUUUACUGAGUUUGUUGGUGUGUGGUUGACAGUAAGGUAUCGCAAUCAGAAGGACCCUCGUGCUAACCCAAGCGCAUUUCUUUGAAUGGUUUCUGUGGACUAAUCUAAGUUAUUCGCCGUAUGGAUCGCCCGACGAUAUCGCAACCAGCCCGACCCCAAUUACAAAGAGCCACAUGCAGUGUUCCCACGGAAAAACUAUUUGUAUUAAUCUCCAUAUUGUUUCCUUUUAUAGAAAAUCUAGAAAAUGUUACUACUUAGGUAGCUUUACUUUCUAAGUAAACAGGUGUAUGUGGAUGCCGUAUACGUCGUGAGUUUAUGACUUACGACAAAUUCCACAGCCCAGUGCCAACAAUGAGAUUACGUUUGUAGGUAAAGUGUGCAUAUCUAUUUUUCUAGACUGAUUGAUAAUUUAGUUUUUCUCUCAGUGCAAUUUUUACAUGUCUUCGAUUUUCAAGUAAAUUACUUGGUAUUAGCUAUAAUAAUACAGCUGCCGGCAGUCAUCCUUCCAAUCGGAAUCAGUAUUAAAGAUACAAUUAUUUUUCAUAAACUUAUUAUUCUGAUGGAUGUUAAAUCAUUCGUUUGUUCGUUUUCGCCAUUCUUGCCAUAAAACAUUUUUUGGGUUGGUGUGGACAAGUUGUUUAUGAAAAUUAAUAUAAAAUUAAACUUAUGAUUCCCAAAAAGGUAAGAGGGAUUGACUAAGGGACGUAUUAUUUGAGAAUCCUCCCAGAAAAUAACGUGCAAUUUAUUGCAUACGAAGUCUAGCGAAAAAAUAAAAAUAGAAGAAAAACUGUUUGAUUUGAACAUGCUGUUAUUUAAUUUUUCUGAAUUAACUCGUAUAAACAAACACAUUCCAUCGGCAAACAACAUAUUUUGAUAGUAUGUUUAGGGUGGAUUCUUAUAAGUCUAAAUUGAUAAAAAAAUUGUUUCAU